AUGUCAAAGUCCAGGCUUUUUCAAGUCAAGCAUAACGACACCUGCUACUUCGCCAUUAUCGAAGCUUUUGAGCCAGUCAUCAGUGACAUUGAUCAAGGCUGUUGGGGUGCUUUCCUGGAACACCUAAACAGGCUCUGUGCCAGCAUCCAGUUCAUGGAAGAGAUGGUACCAGAAGUGCCCAAGAUUGAGAUGGAGUUCGAAAAGUUCUUGAAGCUUGGGCAGGAGAUUGGCUUGGAAGGUUUGGAUUUAGUUAGGUUUGCUCAAGAACGAGAGGCAGCUCAGGAAAAACAGCGGCGUGAACAUUUGGAGAGAGAAGACCGGAGAAUUGAGCGGGAAGAGAGACAGAAGGUAAGAGAUCAUGAAAAGGAAAUGAAGGCAUAUGAGUUGCGUAUAGAACAGGAACAUGCCAACGGAGGAUCUUCCCCAAAUGCACAGAGUACUUUUAGAUCAUCUCAUAGUGCAAAGAUUCCAAAGCUGCCCGUGUUCAAUGAACAAACAGAUGAUUUAGAUGCUUAUUUAAGAAGGUUUGAACAAUUCGCAGAACUCAAUGAAUGGCCAGAAGGUGAAUGGGGUAUGGCACUCAGUGCCCUACUCAAAGGUAAAGCAUUAGAGGUAUACUCGAGGUUGCCUGCUGAAAAGGCGAGAGAUUUCUCUGAAAUAAAGAAAGCUCUUUUGAAUAGAUUUAGGUUGACGGACGAGGGAUUCCGACGGAAAUUCAGAACGGCAACAAGAGAGACAGGGGAACGGUAUGUUCAGUUUGGUGAUCGACUCAGGGGAUAUGCUGAACGUUGGAUUGAGUUGGCAGACGUGGAAAAGUGUUAUAACUCUGUCAUAGAUUUGUUUGUGUCUGAACAGAUUAUAGAAGCUGCUGAUAAAGAUCUAGCCCUGUUUUUGAAGGAACGCAAGCCAAAGGACCUAAAAACCCUAACUCAGAUUGCUGACCAGUACUUAGAAGCACACGAGUGGCCAAAGAAAAAACCAGAGCAGGUGAGACCUAAAUCUUAUUACCGAUCCACUCCCCCUUUGCCCAAGGUUAAUCCAAAACCAAGCACGAACCCAGUAGGAAGUUCUCAGAUGAAUAGACGAUGUUAUAAAUGUGGGAAGAGUGGUCACAUUGCGCAGUACUGUAAGACAAAUCCUACUAAUACUCAGCAGACAAGUAAACCGAAUCAAGCUGCAGGUAUGAAAGUUGAAUUGGAAGAAAAGAAAUCAUCACAGACUGGAGCUGCGUGCCUGGAGGUGUCGCCGGAAGUUCCAGCGAGAUGUGCAGAGGUGACUGGUGACAAAGCAUUCCCCUUCAUCAGUGCUGCUUGUACUAUUGAACCAUCAAUGCCAGUGAGAAAAGGUGUAGUUGGUAAGUUACCUGUUACAGUCCUCAGAGAUACUGGAUGUAGCACUGUUGUUGUUCGUAGGGAUAUUGUAGAGGAAGACAAGUUGACAGGUCGUAUUCAGCCUUGUAUUCUGUUAGAUGGUACGGUGCGAAGGGUACCGGUGGCCAGUAUAGAUGUGGAUACUCCAUUUUUUGUAGGAAAGGUUGAGGCUCUCUGCAUGGAUAAUCCUUUGUAUGACUUGAUUAUCGGUAAUGUCUCAGGAGCGAGAGAACCACACCGUCCGGAUGAAUCAAGACAUCCUCUUGCAACCCAGAGCGUGACAGAAGUGCCGGUACUUCCUAGGACAGAAGAGAAACCAGGUGGAGCUGUGGAGACUCGGGGUAUGAAAGCCAAGAAAGAGAAGUCUUUCAAGCCGUUGCUUGUUGCAGAGUCUGAUGAGAAGUCAGUGUCCAGAGAUGAGAUAUUAUUGGCUCAGCAGGAAGACCCGACUCUAAUAAAAUUGUGGAAGCAUGUUGAUGAUGAUGAUCCCGCACGUGUGACUGGUAAGGCUAAUGUGUCAAAAUAUGUGAAACACAAAGGUUUGCUUUACAGGGAAUUCCAGUCUCCCAAAGUUGAAAAGGGAAGAGUUAUAAGACAGCUGGUGGUUCCCCAAAAGUAUAGGGAUAAAGUGUUGUCACUUGCUCAUGAUUCACCCCUCGCAGGUCACCUUGGUGUCAAGAAGAUGGCUGACAAAUUAUGCUUAAGUUUCUAUUGGCCAGGUGUUUCGGGUGAUGUGCAAAGAUACUGCAGGUCUUGCGACAUAUGUCAGCGGACGGUUUCUAAGGGGAGAGUUGGAAGGGCGACACUAGGUGAGAUGCCAUUAAUCGAUACCCCCUUCAAGCGGAUAGCCGUUGAUUUAGUGGGUCCCAUACAUCCUGUAACUGAUCAGGGCAACAGAUAUAUCUUGGUGGUGGUAGAUUACGCAACCCGCUACCCGGAGGCGGUGGCUUUACCUCGAAUAGAGAGUGAGAGAGUGGCCGAGGCCUUGUUGGAAGUGUACUCUAGAUUGGGUAUUCCACAGGAGAUCUUGACAGACAUGGGCACCCAGUUCACGUCUGAGGUGAUGAGAGAAGUGGGAAGGCUCCUGGCUAUAAAGCAGCUCACGACGACUCCUUACCACCCUAUGUGCAAUGGUCUUGUGGAGAGGUUUAAUGCCACGUUGAAGAAGAUGUUGCGACGGAUGUGUGCUGAAAGACCACGGGAUUGGGACAGGUUUCUUCCGGCGUUAUUGUUCGCCUAUCGAGAGGCACCCCAAGAGAGUUUGGGAUUUUCUCCCUUUGAGUUGAUGUAUGGAAGAUCUGUUAAGGGACCUCUCUCUAUUCUGCAGGAUAUCUGGUCAGAUGAACAAGUAGAGGAGGAAGUAAAGACGACAUACCAGUUUGUUGUGGAUUUGCGGGAGAGAUUGCAGUCUACCUGUGAGAUGGCUCAAGAGGAGUUGGCAAAGGCGUCAAAACGGUAUAGAAAAUACUACAAUGCCAAGUCUAGUGACAGGAGGUUUAAGGUAGGAGACAAAGUCCUUCUCUUACGACCAACUGACCACAAUAAGUUGCUACUGCAGUGGGCAGGACCUUUUCCAGUACUUAAACAGGUAGCGAAGCAUGACUACGUCAUUGAAGUGGCAGGCAAGGAGAAAACCUAUCAUGCAAAUUUAUUGAAGUUGUAUGUUGACCGUGGCAAUGAAAAUAGUGUCACAGCCAUGGGGGCUAUUGAUAUGGCAGGAGUUGGGUUCGUGGUAGAGGAUUCCGAGGAGAUGGAUGAGAUUGUGGAAGUUGUCCUUCCUCCAGUCGAGGCAAAGGAAAGUAGGAAAGAUGUCAAGACAGGAGAGGCCCUAAAGGAAGACCAGCGCCAAGAAGUUGUUGACAUCUUGCAGGAAUUUGACAGUGUAUUCACCGAUCUUCCAGGUAAGACGAAUCUUAUCCAACAUACCAUUCACCUCACAACGGAUCUUCCUAUCAGGUCCAAACCAUAUCCUACACCCCUAGCUACUCAGGAAGUCAUCAAGAAGGAAAUUGAAGAUAUGGUGAGUUUGGGAGUGAUUGAACGUUCUGAAUCUUCAUAUGCAUCUCCUAUUGUCUUAGUAAGAAAACCAGAUGGAACUAAUCGCUUUUGUAUUGAUUUCAGGAAGCUAAAUGCCGUCACAGUGUUUGACCCCGAGCCGAUCCCAAAUGCUGAGAGUUUGAUGGCCCAGCUUGGACAAGGCAGAUAUUUCUCCAAGUUAGAUUUGUCAAAGGGUUAUUGGCAAAUUCCCAUUGCAGAUGAAGACAAGCAGAAAACUGCUUUUGUCACAGCGGAGGGCCUGUACCACUUCAAAGUACUACCCUUCGGGAUGGUCAAUGCCCCGGCCGUUUUUUCUAGGAUGAUGCGCAAACUGUUGAGUGGACUUGAUCAUGUAAUUAAUUACAUUGACGACAUUUUGAUCUUUACAGAGACUUGGGAAGAACACACAGAGCGCCUGAGGGAGGUUCUACAGAGAGUGAGAAGGGCAGGGCUAACAGCCAGACCUUCUAAAUGUUUCGUAGCUUUUGAGUCUCUUGAAUUUCUAGGUCACGUGGUGGGCAGAGGGACAGUGAAACCUCGGCCAGAAAAAAUCCAGCAAAUCAUCAAUGCUGUCAGACCAUUGACCAAGAAGGAGCGUAUACUCCAGCAACCAGGCAUCAGAGUGUUCCACACAGCAAGAUCAGAAACCUGCUGCAGUCACAUUAGGACAAGCCAGAUCUCAACACAAGGCCCGGCGUUUACAAGAUCUCUUAUGAAUGCGGCCAAGUGUAUGCUGGAGAGACGGGCAGGAAUUUGUCUACCACACUCAGCAAACACAAGGCUCAUGGAUGACAAGUCAUCUAUAAUCAAGCACUUCCCUGAAACUGAUCACGUCAUCCAAUGGCAACAAGGAAAGCUCAUCACCAGCAUCGAACACUGGCGCCCUCAACGUAUACGCGAGGCUUUUGAGAUCAUCAAGAACAAGACAGUUCGGCAAGACAUCGGUUUCAACAUCAGUUGA